AUACAUCAUUCGUUUGUGUGUAUGUGUUUGUGAGCGUGUUUGACAACCAGACCAACAAACGUCAAACGCUUGCCAUAUUCUCUCUUGCUUGUUUACGAUUUUAUUUUGUGUUUAAACGUCAACGCUUUGGUCUCGCACAUAAAAUUGUCUGAUUGAACCAACGUUUCAGAGCAUUUUCACCAGAAAAUAUGAGUAAUAUUUACAUUCAAGAGCCGCCAACGUCGGGCAAGGUUCUUUUAAAAACCACAGCUGGUGACAUUGACGUCGAGCUAUGGUCCCGAGAAGCGCCGUUGGCGUGUCGAAACUUUGUUCAAUUGUGCAUGGAAGGAUACUACAAUGGAACGAUAUUUCAUCGUGUGGUAAAGGGCUUCAUUGCACAAGGUGGUGAUCCGCACGGCGAUGGAACCGGCGGUGAAUCGAUAUAUGGCAAGCCAUUCAAAGAUGAAUUUCAUACUCGGUUGCGAUUCUGCCGCCGUGGUCUUGUGGCAAUGGCGAAUAGUGGUCGCGAUGACAAUGGUUCACAAUUCUUUUUUACGUUGGGUGAAACUCAGGAGUUGCAGAACAAACACACAAUUUUCGGCAAAGUUAGCGGCUCAACCAUUUACAAUGUGCUCAAAAUGGAAGAAGGAGAUAUUGACGCAAAUGAAAGACCAGUCUAUCCAUAUAAAAUUAACAAAACCGAAGUGCUACUGAAUCCAUUCGACGAUAUCGUGCCGCGCAAAUCGACCAAAAGCGAAAAAGAUUCCACAGACAGAAAGCGGUCCAAGAAGGAGAAAGGUGUCAAGAAUUUUGGACUUUUAUCGUUUGGUGAAGAAGCCGAAGAAGAUGAAACCGAGACCAAUGAUUUUGUACAGAAAAAUGCUAGCAAAUCAAAAUCCGUACAUGAUGUCAUCGAUGAUCCGAAAUUGAGCAAGGAGGCUGUACAUAUCGAAAAGGGCAAUGAUGACUACAUCGAAGAACGGACGGUUGAGGCGGACGAUGAACAUACUGUGCAGGAAAAAACCGAUCGUGUCAGAGACAAAUUGAAGAAGGCAUCAGAUAAAGGUGAAAAAAGAAAGGCACAGCCGGAACCUGAACCCAAACCGGAGGAAUCGGACUCUGAUUCAGACGAGUUCACCAACGAACUGGAGAGGGAACGAAAACUGAAGCGACAGAAAAAAGCUAAUGAAAUCCGAAAUGAAAUCAAAGCUUUGAAAAAGGAGUACAAGAAUGACAAGAAAACGCGUGAAGUGAAAGAGGAAACAGUCAAACCCAAGGAAAAGGAGCAUGCCAAUGAAAUGGUCCAAGAUUAUUUGUCCGAACAACGCAAGUAUGGCAAUUUGAAGAAAGAAAUUCCAAAGAAAGGCGCUGAAAGAGAAAGUUACACGUUGCAACUGCUGAACAAGUUCAAGUCGAAAUUGCAUAACAUAAAGAAAACGACGAAUGAAGACGAUGAAGAAGACACAUCUAAAAAAGAGGUUAACGAUGACGAACUAAACUCCGACAAAUGGAUGUCGCACACAUUGAGGUUUGAGGACAUGGGAAAUAUUCUAGCCAAGGAUGCUGCAACGAAAAAAGACGAUUGGUAUGCUGAUGACAUUGCUAAUCCCCAAAAUCCUAUCAACAAACGAAAACGAGGUGAAGAUGAUCGUCGUGACAAGGACAGACACCGACAUCGUCGAUAGAAAUACGGAAUUUAUUUUUAGUUCGAUUUACAAGACAAAUUUAUCAUUUUAUUCAUUUGUUUUGUUUUUUGUUCAGUAAAAAUAAAGUUGUAGAGUUCUAUGGCCAUUACAAGCUACAAAAUUACAUGCUAUAUGCUCAAAAGGAA